UGCCUCCAGAGAACAUUACGGUGCCACACCAAUGCUGAGAUCGUCGAAGCAUACAGCAAGACCAAACCAGUCAAAUUUAUAUACACUUCUCACAAAGCCACAUCUUGCGGUCAAUGCUGAAGCA